AUGGAGCUGGAAAAUAUUGUUGCCAAUACUGUCUUGCUGAAAGCCAGGGAAGGGGGUGGAGGAAAGCGCAAAGGCAAAAGCAAAAAGUGGAAGGAAAUCUUGAAAUUCCCUCACAUUAGCCUGUGUGAAGAUCUCCGAAGAACAAUAGAGAGAGAUUAUUACAGUUUAUGCGACAAGCAGCCAAUUGGAAGGCUUCUCUUUCGGCAGUUCUGUGAAACUCGACCGGAGCUUGAGUGUUGCAUUAGGUUCCUUGACUCGGUGGCAGAGUAUGAAAUUGCUCCAGAUGAAAAACUGGGAGAGAAAGGAAAGGAAAUCAUGAUGAAAUACCUCACCCCAGAGUCCCCAGUUUAUGUUGCAGAAGUCAGUCAAGAUCUUGUUCAUCAGACUGAGGAAAAACUCGAAAUCAGCCCCUGCAAAGAGCUGUUUUCUCACUGUGCAAAAUCUGUCCUUGACUACCUAAGUGGAGAGCCAUUUCAAGAAUACCUAGACAGCAUGUACUUUGAUAGGUUUCUGCAGUGGAAGUGGUUGGAAAGGCAACCAGUAACGAAAAACACAUUUAGGCAGUACAGGGUACUAGGAAAAGGUGGUUUUGGGGAGGUCUGUGCUUGCCAAGUCCGAGCGACAGGGAAAAUGUAUGCCUGCAAAAGAUUAGAGAAGAAGAGAAUAAAAAAGAGGAAAGGCGAAUCCAUGGCAUUAAAUGAAAAGCAGAUUUUAGAAAAAGUCAAUAGUCAAUUUGUAGUUAACUUAGCCUAUGCCUAUGAAACAAAGGAUGCACUGUGUUUAGUUCUGACCAUAAUGAAUGGGGGUGACUUGAAGUUCCACAUCUACAACAUGGGAAACCCAGGCUUUGAGGAGGAGAGAGCUUUGUUUUAUGCAGCAGAGAUUCUUUGUGGCUUGGAAGAUCUGCAUAGAGAAAACACUGUAUACAGAGAUUUGAAGCCAGAAAAUAUCCUGUUAGAUGAUUAUGGUCAUAUUAGAAUAUCUGAUCUGGGUCUAGCUGUUAAAAUCCCGGAGGGUGACUCAAUCCGUGGAAGGGUAGGAACAGUAGGGUAUAUGGCUCCAGAAGUCUUGAACAAUCAGAGAUACACCCUCAGCCCUGACUACUGGGGGCUAGGUUGCCUCAUUUAUGAAAUGAUUGCUGGACAAUCACCAUUUCGUGGAAGGAAAGAGAAGGUAAAGAGAGAAGAGGUGGACAGGAGAGUCCUGGAGACUGAAGAGGUGUACUCCCAUAAAUUUUCUGAGGAGGCCAAGUCUGUCUGUAAAAUGCUACUAACCAAAGACGUGAAGCAGAGGCUGGGAUGUCAGGGGGAAGGUGCAGUGGAAGUGAAGAAGCACCCAUUCUUCAAGAGUAUGAACUUCAAACGAUUAGAGGCAGGAAUGUUGGACCCUCCCUUUGUCCCUGAUCCCAGAGCAGUAUACUGCAAGGAUGUGUUAGACAUCGAGCAAUUCUCCACAGUGAAAGGGGUAAACCUGGACCAAACAGAUGAUGAUUUCUAUUCCAAGUUUUCCACAGGAUCCGUAUCUAUUCCAUGGCAGAAUGAGAUGAUAGAAACAGAGUGUUUUAAAGAGCUAAAUGUAUUUGGACCAAAUGGUACUAUUUCACCGGACCUAAACAAAAGCUACCCCCCAGAGCCACCCAAGAAAGGAUUACUACAUAGAAUAUUUAAACGUCAGCAUCAAAACAAUUCAAAGAGUUCACCGAAUUCAAAGGCGAGUUUAAAUCACCACAUAAAUUCAAACCAUGUAAGUUCAAACUCUACCGGAAGCAGCUAG